CUCUCUGUGGAUAGAUUGGAACUAGGAAUCAUUUCAUUAUUCACCUGGCUCUCUCUCUCAUGAUGUAUUGGAACUGGUAAUUAUCUCUCUUUAUUUCUCUCUCUCUCUCUAUUCAUCUUACAUGCUCUGUCAUGGUGGUGUUCAUACUCUAACAGGGCCAGCUGUGAUCUUCCUGCAUGGUUUCCCAGAGAUAUGGUAUUCAUGGCGCCAUCAAAUGGUGGCAUUAGCAGCUGCCGGCUUCCAUGCCAUUGCCCCUGACUGGCGAGGCUAUGGCCUCUCUGAUCAACCACCCCACCCCGAGAACGCGACAUACAUGGACCUCAUUGCAGAUCUCCUCGCCAUUCUCGACCUCCUUCAUAUACCAAAGGCGUUUGUUGUUGGUAAAGACUUUGGAGCCAUGCCUGCAUACCUGUUUGCAUUGAUGCACCCGGAAAGGGUCUCAGGGGUCAUAACGCUGGGCAUACCUUACAUGCUCCCUUCGCUUCGAAAGCACACUAACCAGCACUUGCCUAAGGGCUUCUACAUUCGACGCUGGCAGGAGCCAGGGCGUGCUGAAGCGGAUUUUGGACGUUUCGAUGUCCGGACCGUCAUAAGGAACAUUUAUAUACUCUUCUCAGGCAGUGAGCUUCCCAUUGCAGGUGAUGAUCAAGAGAUCAUGGACUUGGUGCACCCAUCAACUGUCCUUCCAAACUGGUUCAGUGAGGAAGAUCUAAAUGUCUAUGCUUCCCUUUAUGAAAAUUCGGGGUUCCGUUUUCCUUUGGAGGUCCCGUAUCGUUGCAUCAAAAGAUCAUUCAAGGAGGCGGACCAUUCAGCAGCAACAGACUUGAAGGUGAGAGUCCCAGCUUUGUUGGUCAUGGGUCGUAGAGACUAUUUCCUCAAAUUCCCAGGAAUAGAGGAUUACAUAAACAGCCCACUGUUGAAGGAGAACGUACCCGAUCUUAAAAUCGUGUUCAUGCCGGAAGGAACCCAUUUCGUCCAGGAGCAGUUGCCCGAAGAGAUCAAUCAGCUCAUCAUUGACUUCCUCAAGAAGCAUACUGAAUAGAAGAGCUGAUAUGGGUUAUUUAUGUGUAGCAUGCUAAAAUCCAUGGAUUUCCCAUGGAUUAAUGAUAGCUUUUUCCUAGAGUGCAACAAUGAAUGUUAAAUGAGUUCUUCAACUUUGGAUGAAGAGAUUAAAAAUACUGCCUUGUUGGCCAUGUGUCCCCUUACUAUGGUAUUUUGUAUAUGCAAAAUCUAUUUUAAAUGGAUUGGAUGUCCAAAUAUGUAGAUCAAAAGCCAGCAAUGAAUUAAGAUUUUAAUUAA